AGGAAGCGGAAAUGCGUGUCUAUAUUAAAAGCAUCGCCCCGCCCCCGCCGUGCCUCUUUCCGUCUCCGGCCACCGAGAAGUGAGGAGCUGCCGCCAUGUCCGCGCAUCUGCAAUGGAUGGUCGUGCGGAACUGCUCUAGCUUCUUGAUCAAGAGGAACAAGCAGACGUACAGCACCGAACCCAAUAACCUGAAGGCCCGCAACUCCUUCCGCUACAAUGGACUGAUUCACCGCAAGACAGUGGGCGUGGAGCCAGCGGCCGACGGCAAAGGUGUCGUGGUGGUGAUGAAGCGGAGAUCCGGCCAGCGAAAGCCAGCCACUUCCUACGUUCGGACCACCAUCAACAAAAACGCUCGGGCCACCCUCAGCAGCAUCCGUCACAUGAUCCGAAAGAACAAGUACCGCCCAGAUCUGCGCAUGGCCGCCAUCCGCAGAGCCAGCGCCAUCCUGCGCAGCCAGAAGCCUGUGAUGGUGAAGAGGAAGCGGACCCGCCCCACCAAGAGCUCCUGAGCAGCCCCUUCCCAGAGCAAUAAAGAUGUCAGCCAACUUUUCUCAA